AUGGCUAGCCAGGAGAUCGUCCUAUUCGACCUGCCGUCCAGGGCGCCCAACAAGUGCUGGUCAUUGAACCCGUGGAAGACUCGUUUGCUCCUAAACUAUAAGGGGCUCCCCUACAGGACGGAAUGGGUCGAGUAUCCCGAUAUCAAGCCCCGGUUUAAGGACCACUUUCCCGCGGACACGGAGAAGUACACGAUCCCGACGGCGAUCCUGGCCGACGGGUCGUGGGUGAUGGACUCGGCGGCGAUCGCGGAGCGCGUCGAGGCGCAGCACCCGACGCCGGCGGCGCGCAUCGACUCGCCGUACGUGGCGCGGGUGGUGGCGGAGCUGGCGCCGGCGAUGGGCGCGCUGGUGCCGGUCUACCUGCCGGCGGUGCACGCGAACGUGCUGACGGCGGCGAGCCAGCCGUACUUCCGCGCGACGCGGGAGGCGACGUUCGGCGCGGCGCUCGAGGACGUGGCGGCGGGCGUGGCGCCCGGCACGCCCGGCCGCGCCGCCGUGCUCGCCGCCGCCGCCCCCCACCUCCGCGCCGUCAGCGCCCUGCUCCGCGAGGACCCCGCCGGGCCCUUCUUCGAGGGCGCCCGGCCCUCCUACGCCGACUUCGUCUGGGCCGGCCACCUCCUCUUCGCGCGCCAGCUCGCCGGCGGCAUCUUCGAGGACGUCCUGGCCGCCACCGGCGACGAGGAGGUCCACCGCAGCCUCCUCGACGCCGUCAAGCCCUGGUCCGACCGGGAUGACCACUAG